AUGGCUCAAGACAAGGGAGAGUCAAGACGGGCGAUAGACGAGCCCACCUCAGCUUCCGCCUCAUCUCCAGCAGCAGCAGCCUGGCCGAGCUGGUCGUGGGCUGGGUGGACUAACCUUCCCCCGGAUGAAUUCCGCUGGGGUCUACUCCGGAGUCCGGAGUUCGACGGCGUGGACCACGUCGUGUCGAAGGUGGCGGCCCAUGCUGAGGUCAUCCCCACGGUGGACUGGUCCACCGGCGACCGUCCCGACCUUACCGCCGGCGAGAGGCGGCCGAUCCAAUCCCGGCGCUGGUUCGAGGCCAAGGAUACAUUCAAAGGCCCCGACAGGCCGCUGCGGCCGGGAUGGUCGCGCUCCAGACGGAAGCUGGACAGGCUAUACGCGGGGCAAGCUCCACGGGCCCACAACCAGAGCAUUGUAUACACGCACGCUUCGGCACCCGACAAGCUAUUCUGGUAUCUGAUCCCGAUGGAAGACCCCACCGGGGACCCGGCCCGGCCCCGCGUGGUCCGGCCGCGCUAUCUCUUCGGCACCGUCGAGCAUAUCCCGCUCUACAUCCACCGGUCCGACUGGCAAGCCGGGGCGGGCGACACGUUCGUCGAGAAGGCCACCGAGCACGGCAUCGACUCCCAGCUAGGCACGCAGGUGCUACGUGACGAGGCGGGCAGUAUCGUCGGAGUUUUGGAUGUCCAUGUGCCCGACGCCGCGGACGUCUUCCACGGUAAGGGCGCACUCGAUCAGACGAGAGUCGAGUUCGUGGCUAUCUCGAGGUGCCAGACCCUGAAGCGUAACGAGUUGUACACCGGGGCCAAUGCUAAGAUGGUCAAGAACAGUUGGAGCAUCUACAAUGAGAACUGGUACGAGUGCUACAAUGUCGUGUGGGUCGAGUGGGCCGAGGUCUCAGGCGUCAGGGUUGGCUCGCGAAAGGCAUUGGGUCGAGUCUCUAAGGAUGUGUGA